CUGUUCCGCGCACCCGCCGACGUUUCAACUACCAAGUAGUAUGACGGGUAUUCCUCAUGCCAAGGCCACGUCGCCCCUCGACGACUACAACGUUGCGAGCACACCGAGCGACGAGACACCGACGACGCCGGCACCAACAACAACGAGCUGGACCACCAAGCGCACGCGCAUUGCGAUUGCGAUCGUCGCCUUGACCGGCGUGGUUUGCGUCACGCUCGGCGCGAUCUUUGUGUUCCAGACGCACGUGACCAACCACGCGACCGAGAUCAUCACCAACAUCCAGCAAAGCCCUGGGCUCAAGAUCUCGCUCCGAGCCAAGCGCGAUACGAUGACAUUCAACGGCAAGUCGACCGCCGACGUGUUUGUCGUGCCCCGGGGUGGCGCCGGGUCCACCUUGCUCUUUGAUGCGCUCUUGACCCAAGUGGGCCCGGAAAUCACCGAGACGUAUCUUCUGCUCGACCACAAGGCGUACUAUGCGACGUCCAAGAACGGCGUCGUGGUCUCGGCCGAGUGCCUCGACGCCGGCCGUGUGCCGCCCGUCCAGCUCAUGCAGACAAGCCUCCACGAGUCCAGUGUCCUUGACAACUACAAGGUCGCCAACGUCACGAUCGCCGACUGCCCGGAUGGGAAGCUCCUGCAUGUGUCGUUUGCGGGCGAGUCGUUCGUCUUUUGCAACUCCAAGAACAACCUGCUCACGCACGCGACCGGUACGGACCUCGACAUAUCGGUCGAGUACCUCUCCGACCCGACGCUCGUGCCCGAGAUGGAGAUUCCCGUCUUGCCGAACGGUGAGCCUUUGACGUGCGCCGCGGUUGUCGCCGAUUCGGUACUGCCGGUCGCCAAGUCGCUGAUGCAGACGUCGUCGGACGUGGCCUCGUACGUGGCGGGCUACGAGCGCUCGACGGUCAUCAACAAGGCGUCGUGCGGCUGCAAGAUGGGCAAGAAGAAGCCGUGCCUCUUUGUGCACGGUGUCGGCGAGACCGAGGCAGGUCCGAUGACGCCAACGUUUCCAUCGGGCUGGGGCAACAUCCAAGAACACGCGCCGUGCUGCUCGAGCGUCCAGUUUAUCCAUCUCGAGACGACCAACCACCGCUGGGACGACGCGUCGACGCAGCAAGAUUUCUGUGACGCGGCGCUGCGUGUGAGCAAGGCAACGUCUACCAAUGGGACCAAGGAGCUCGGAAGCAUGAUCCUCGUGACCUUCUCGAUGGGCAAUCUCAUUGCUAGCAGCGCGGUCGCGAACAACAAGUGCUCGAUCGGGAAGGACGUGACGUGGGUUUCGAUUGCCGGCCCGAUGCAAGGCAGCAAGACGGCCAACCUCCUCGCCAACAAGUGCGCGGCCGGCGGCUGGGGCAACGCGAUCAUCAAGUACGUCUUGAAGCAAGUCGGGUUCUGCCCCGUCCAGCAAGCGUACGACUCGCUCAAGCACCAAACGACGGUGGGUGCACACAUGCAAGCCAAGUUUGUGGCGGCCCAAGCGGUGCGGCAAAAGCACGUCACGCGCGUCCUCUGCGGCACGAAUGCAGUCGGCUUGACGUCGCUCACGUCGGCGGCCAUUGGCGUCGUUGGCAAAAUGUCCCAGCACGACAGUCCCGAUUACGAUGGCGUCGUCGACUUUACGAGCUGCGCCGUCGGCAUCGAUCCACGCAAGUUUGGUACGAGCGCCGAGACGAGCUUCCACUUCAAAGCGAGCAUCAACCACCUCGAUGCGUCGAUGCGGUACGGCGAUGGCUGGUGGGGCUGCGACCGCAAGCCCGUCAAGUGGUUCGAGUGCGCUCUGUAA